AUGGUUCACCAACCAAAAAACGUGCUUGUCACCGGAGGAUGCGGUUUCAUUGGAUCCAAUUUCAUAAACCACAUGUUCUAUGUGUGGAAUGAUGUGAAUUUUGUGAACUACGAUAAACUGAUCUUGAACUCCGAUGCAUAUUACAUCAAAGAAGAGAUUGUUCAGUCACGCCGAUACAAGCUCAUUACAGCAGACAUCAGAAAUCGGCAGAUUAUGGCUAACGUUCUACAGGAGAACGACACUGACACCAUAGUUCAUUUUGCUGCCGACUGUACUUCAACCAGAUGCUACGGCGAUACCAUUGAAUCGUUGGAAAACAACGUUAUCAGUUUCAUUGAGUUUCUUGAAACAGUUCGUGAAUUUGGUCGAGUCAAGCGUUUUAUUCACGUCAGUACCGAUGAAGUAUAUGGUGAUUCGGAUCUAAGACCAGAUGAGGAAGGAAAAACAGAAGAUACAGUGCUGCUGCCUGGAAAUCCGUAUGCGGCAACUAAAGCGGCUUGUGAAGCAUACGUCCACAUGUAUCGCUCAACUUUCGAUAUGCCAAUCAUUAUACUACGUAUUAACAACAUUUAUGGACCUAAUCAAUGGGAUGUAAAAGUUAUACCCCGUUUUAUUGAAUUUGCAGAAAGAAGAGAAAAAUUUGCUAUUCAAGGGACUGGAAAACAACUACGUUCAUGGUUGUUCGUUGAUGAUGCUGCUGAAGGGAUUCGUGCGGUUGCAGAAAGGGGAAAAAUUGGAGACACAUAUAAUUUAGGGACUUACUUUGAAAUGAAUAUUUUGGAUCUCGCGCACAAAAUACAGGCAGAAGUCGAUAAACAGUUGGGAAGGGAUCCUACUCCUGUCGAAUUUAUCACAAUUCCUGACAGGCCGUACAAUGACUUAAGAUAUCUACUGGAUAUAAGCAAAGUCUAUAAAGAACUAUCCUGGAGCCCAAAAAUUCCGUUUGACGAAGGGAUUCGUCGAGUUGUAAAAUCCGCAUUAGAGCCUCAAAAACGUAGCAAAAAAAUGAGAGUUGUGAUAUAUGGUGGUGAUGGGUGGAUUGGACAACAAGUACAAAAAAUGCUAAGAGCACGUGACGUGGAGUUCGAAGUAGCUCAGUGCAGAAUUGGGCGACAAAGUGACCAAGAAGUCGAAGAUGAAUUAAACCGUUUGUGCGGUACUCACGUGUUUUGUUGUACUGGACGUACACAUGGUGGAGCGUGUAACACAAUUGAGUAUCUUGAAGGUGGACCAGAUAAAGUUCAAGUGAAUAUACGCGACAACCUUUACUGUCCGAUGGUUCUAGCACAUUUAUGUCGUAAACUUGGACUUCACUUCACUUAUGUUGGUACUGCAUAUUUAUUUUCAUAUGACAGAGAGCAUACCAUUGGCGGAAAAGGUUUUCUGGACAAUGAUUUGCCGACAUUUUUUGGCAAUUCCUACUCUGUUGUUAAAGGAUUUACCGAUCGGAUGAUGCAGCAGUUCAACGGUGGUAUAAAAGAGAACUUGACAGCAAGAAUUACACUGCCAUUAAAUUUCGCACUUAAUGAAGAAAGAAAUUUGCUUACUAAACUUUUAAAAUAUCAACACAUACUGGAUAUUCCAGUCUCUAUAACAAUUUUGGACGACUGCUUGCCAGCGCUGUUUAAGUUGAUGGAAAAACGGAUUGGUGGACAUAUAAACCUUGUCAACCCGGGACCAAUCAGCUUGCACCAAAUACUUCAACUCUAUAAAGAACUAGUUGAUCCCCACCUACAUGAUUAUAGUAUAAUUGACAGCACAACGGAGAAGGGCAAACAGCUGAUCGCAACGAAAGGUAACUGCGCUCUAGACACAACACUGCUUCACGAGCUAUCUCCAUCAGUACCGUCAGCUAUCGUAAGCUUGCAAAAUGGAUUUCGACGUAUAGCACAGAAGACGUGA